UUCGCGGGACUUCCGUGUUUACACUGCUUGCGGCGACUGAAGCUCAUGGCGUUUAUUCGGAGGAAGCAGCGCGUUAAAGAAAGAUUUUCCCUGCUGUUGCUGGACUUGGAAGAACAUUAUUUUGAACAACACACAGCAUAUAAUCUGAGCGGCAGACGUACAGAAGUGAACAGACGCAAGAGUGGCUCUUUAAAGAUCUGCUCCAAAUCAGUCAUAUAUGAACCAGAGGAUGUGCUUGAGCCUAUUUUAAAGAUUCCUCUUAAAGACUGCAGAGGAAUUGAGGCAGUGGAAGAAACGGACCUCAAUCCAUUUAUAAAAAGUAAACCUCCACGUAUUCUUAUAGAAACCCGGCAGAUUUAUCUCAUUAAAGAAGGAAAUGUGGUUGCUCCAUAUAAAUACGACAGGGGAGAUAAAAAGAUUAUUUUUCAGCUGGAAGAGUCCAGUAAAACUGAAGAUGUUGUUCAGAUUUUACUACAGUUAUACAGAGCAUCUUGUCUGGAUAAGUUGGGUGACCAGACAGCUAUGAUUGCAGCUAUCCUGCAGUCCAGGUUGGCAAGAACAUGUUUUGAUAAAAACAGUUUUCAGUGCGUAACCGAGCGUCCACACAUGGAGUGUGUAGCAGAGAUGGUUUCACCUCUGGUGACGAAUGCCGGUCACGUCUGCAUCACAGAUCACAAUCUUUACUUCCAGCCGAUGAAUGAAUAUCCCGAUUCGGUGGUGCUGAUCGGGUUGCACAGCGUAAGACGGAUCUACAAACGGAGACAUGGGCUAAAGCCUUUGGGCCUUGAAGUCUUCUGCACAGAGAACGAUCUGCGAUCUGACAUCUACCUGAGGUUUUACAACACUAAAGAGAGAGAUGAGCUUUACUACUAUAUCGCUACUUUCCUUGAGAAUCACAUGACCGAGCAAACGGCCGAGAGCUACAUGCUGCAAUGGCAGAGAGGUCUGAUCACCAACUAUCAGUACCUGCUUCAUCUCAACAAUUUAGCCGACCGCAGUGUCAAUGAUCUUUCCCAGUAUCCUGUGUUCCCUUGGGUCCUGAGCGACUACACCAGUGCACAACUCGAUUUGGUGAACCCUGCUUCGUUUCGAGAUCUCAGUAAACCGAUCGGAGCUCUGAACACAGAGAGACUGGAGAGAUUGCUGGAACGCUACAGAGAUAUGCCCGAACCACGAUUUAUGUACGGCAGUCAUUACUCUUCACCUGGAUAUGUGCUCUUCUACCUGGUCAGAGUCGCUCCUGAAUACAUGCUGUGCCUGCAAAACGGACGCUUUGAUCAUGCGGACCGAAUGUUUAACAGUGUUGGAGAAACAUGGAAGAACUGUUUAGAGGGAGGCACAGAUUUUAAAGAGCUCAUACCUGAGUUUUACGGGAGUGACGGCAGUUUUCUAAAGAAUCUGCUGGUGUUGAAUCUCGGCAGACGGCAGGGAGGAGGAAGAGUCGGAGAUGUUGAACUUCCACCAUGGGCGUCAGACGCAGAUGACUUCCUUCAGAAACAGAAUUUAGCGUUGGAGAGUCAGUAUGUGUCUGAACAUCUGCACGAGUGGAUCGAUCUCAUUUUUGGCUACAAACAGAGGGGAAGUGAAGCUGUGGCAGCCCACAACGUCUUCCAUCCAUUAACAUAUGAGGGAGGAGUUGACUGUGAUAGCAUCGAGGACCCAGAUCAGAAAAUCGCCAUGUUAACUCAGAUUUUGGAGUUUGGACAAACGCCCCGGCAGCUCUUCACCAUUCCUCAUCCUCAGCGCAUCACUUCACGAUUUCACAAUCUGUCAGCGACGCCGAGCCUCAGCAGCAGCGAGUUCUCACCAGUGUCACCCAGUAUGGAGUCAUUUGAAGAUCUGACAGAGGAGAGUAAGAAAAUGGCCUGGAGUAACAUGAACAAACUCACACUGCAGUCCUGUCACAAACUACAUAAAGAGGCAGUAACCGGCAUUGCUGUGCCUCUCACGGGUGACUGGAUCUUCUCAACAUCUCUAGACUCUACAAUGAAGAUGUCCUCUAAAGAUGGCGUCCUGCAAAGAAGUGUGUCCUUUUCCAACAUGGCUUUGUCCUCCUGCCUGAUGUUACCUGAUGAUCAGAUUGUUGUGUGCUCUUCCUGGGACAAUAACGUGUAUUUUUACUCCAUAGCGUUUGGAAGAAGACAAGAUACUUUAAUGGGUCACGAUGAUGCGGUCAGUCACAUGUGCUGGAGAGAUGACAAACUUUACACGGCAUCAUGGGAUUCCACUGUGAAGAUGUGGAGGUGUGUAGCAGCUGAUAUCUCCAGUAAUAAGAAGACUCGCUUUGAUCUGCUGGCUGAAUUCGAGCAUGAAGCUGGGGUUAAUACUUUGGAUCUCAGUCCGACUGGCACGCUUUUGGCAACGGGCACCAGGGAAGGAACCCUCAGCGUGUGGGAUCUCAGCCAUCCUUUGCCGCUUCACCAGCUGUCGUGCCAUUCUGGAAAGAUCCAUCAGGUGGCCUACAGUCCCGACAGUAGACAUAUUCUAAGUGUUGGCGAGGACUCGUGUUUGGCGGUCACAGAUGUACAGACAGGAACGCUCAUCUCUACUGUACGUGCAGAAGAAGAACAAAGGUGUUUCCUAUGGGACGGCAGCACUGUGUUAACCGGAGGACUGUCAGGAAAUCUCAGCGUUUGGAAUCUUCUCAGUAGUAAAGUCAUCCAGAAGAUCCCAGCUCACUUAGGUGCAGUUACCUGUAUGUGGAUAAAUGAACAGGGCAGUAACAUCAUCACGGGUGGAGAAGAUAAACAAAUUCGGCUGUGGAAACCCCAGUAUUAACAAACACACACACACGCGCGCGCACACACACACACACGCGCGCGCACACACACACACACACACACACAUAUCCAUCAUGCUUUAUACAAACUAUAGUCCAUUUUCACCCGGUUAUUUCAUGGGACAUUUUAAACUGGAGAAAUGCUAGUUCUCUGUUAUGUCCUUACUUAAUUUGGUCCAUUUUUAUGACAAAGUUAUCAGUUUUAAAUGACAUUAAGCUUGUAAACGGUGAUGAGGAGAGAUGGCUUACGCAUUGCAUGAUACUGUUUUUAGUAGUAUUUUAAGAUAUCUUUCCAAUCAUUUGUUUGGCUGAAUAUAAAAUGCAUGUGGUUAAUCUGUCGAAAUAAUAUUGAUCCGACAAACAACAAUUCAUAUUAUCGUUUAAAGGCACAGCUGCUGAUCAGUAUAAUCACUAAAUCAUAUAAGCUGUCAUAAAUAAUCGUACAUUAUUAUACGGGUUUACAAAGAAGAUAACACGUUAAUGAGAGGUGACUAAAGAACUGAAGAAUCAGUUUACCUGUUAUAUUAUAACUUACCACUAAUGCUUGCAGGUCAACAUUACAGUAAAACUGAAGUGUAAACAUGAAUGCAUAUGGCAUUCAGAAUUUUUAUGUUUGAAAUUUGUGCCCUUCAGUUUAAGACUGUAUUAUAACUUGAGUCAAAGGCUUGUUUGUAUUGCAUAUUAUGCGUAUAUUUACUAGUUAGUUAAGAUUUAAUUUACUAUUAUUUUUUGUUUGCCAAUUGCUGCACAUUUGAUAGGAGUUUUAAAUGUGCCUUUGUUUUUAAUCAUUUGAGAGUUAUGUCUUUUAAUGCCUGCUUUACAAAUAACUUGAAACCUACAAAUUAUUACACAUACAAGUUAUGUAUGAAAGCAUAAUUAAAUUAUUCUGUAACAUAAGAUGUUACAAUAUUCGCUUAUAGACACAUUUCUGUAUAUAUGAAUAAUUUUAUAUUCAUACGCUAUUUAUAACCGAAUGCCUUGAGAAAUGACUCUUCAGUGAAGAGGAUUUUCUGUGUUAUGUGUGUUAUUCAUAAAAAAUGUUAAAGUCAGUUUCACAAGAUUAUGCAUUAUUCUGUCAUUAAACAUACAGCAUAAUAACUUAAAUAAGUUUUAAAAUGUUGGUGGCCAGAUUGCAAUAUGUUUGGGUGUUUAUAACCUUUCCAUUUUGAUGUUUAAGUUGUUGUUUACUUUGAUCUGUUUUUGUUUUUAAGCCUAAUGGAAAAAAUGCUGGAGUCCAAACGUUUGCAAAUGCAUUACUGUUAUACGUGUAAGUUAUACUGACCGAUUAUUUCUUUAAUGUUUGUGUUUCUUUUUUCUGUAUUAAACAAUAUGUUCAUAAA